CGAGCGCCAUCUUCAUCGCCAAUCGAUCACCUUUUAAGGUGAUGAUUUGGAAGAUGGACUGCUUCCCCCCCUACAGAUGUACGCCAAUUGGGUGAGGGAUGUGGUAUGGGCCCUUAAUCUGGGGCUCCCAAAAUCGACGAUUGCUAGUGCUUCCCAGGAGGGGACGGUUGUCAUAUGGACGGUGGCGAAGGAAGGAGAUCAGUGGGAGGGGAAGGUCUUGAACGAUUUCAAGACGCCAGUGUGGAGGGUGUCAUGGUCACUGACUAGGAAUAUAUUGGCAGUGGCAGACGGGAACAACAAUGUGACGUUGUGGAAGGAGGUGGUAGAUGGAGAGUGGCAACAGCUCUUAACGCAAGUCUGUCUUGCAUUAUCAGCAUUGGUCAUUCAUGCAGUAGAACACAAGAAGCCCAUUAAGCAACUAUUUUUUAGUCUUGACCGACUGCGAACCCAGGAUAAUGGUAAUAUUGUUGUUUUAGAGAUGCUUACUGUUCUUCCAGAGGAAGUCAUUAAGGAUCAAAAUACUGAUUGUAACAUUAGUUCGAAUCGUAGAUGCCAGUAUGGCCGAGAGGUUUGAGAAUUUUUACAAUCAUUAUUAUAGUACUCUUUCUUGAUUUUGUUCUGAGU